GGAAGAUGGAAGAAGAGCAGAUACAAAAGAAGAGGAAGAAUGGAUAGAAGAGACAGUGGGAGAGAUGGAAGACAAUGCUGUGUCAGCGCUCCUGGUCGUCCAAUCAGAUCUCUCAGAGCAGGCCUGGGCUCAGCACCUCGGCGACACCGAUGACCUCAGCGACUGCCUCCAAGCCGAGCUGGCUGUUGUGUACUCGGACAGUGAUGCAGGCGAGGACCAGUGGGCCGGCUCUCCGCCCUGUGAUGUCACCAACCAGGAAGAAGCAGGCAGAGGGAUACAUGAUAGCAUCUGUGAUGGUGAGAGAGAGGAAGAGGAGAGAGGGGAAGAAGAGGAGAAGGCAGAAGUAGAGACUGGAAGAGAGGAGCGGAAAGAGGAGGAAGUAGAGGAGGAGGAGGAGAAGUGGGGAGGCAGGGAUGAUGAGGAUGAAGAGCAGAGCUCCACAGCCAGCUCCACAGACCCUGACAGGAAGCUUCCUGUAGAUUUCUGUGUCCCACAAGAGAGCUACAGUGAAAAUGUCUCCACUGAGCAUGUGGACUUUCUGUUGGCCCGCCAGCAGUGGCGGAAGAUGGAGGAGGAGGUCAAAGGUCAACCAACCCCCAAACCAGGGCUCAGAGCUCAGGGGAGCUUCCAGGGCACCCACACUUCUCUGUACCCCCCCACUCGCAGCCCCCGACUCAAACACAGGGAGAUCCAUCCACCAGUGCCCAGGGAGCCGCCCCUGUCCUCCACCAUGUCCCCCAGUUCAGAGGACUCGGGCCUGGAUGAUUUGUCCUACCGCAGCCCGCUGGACGAGCCAGAGAGUGCGGUGGAGAGAGAGAUCCGACUGACUCUGGAGAGAGAGGAACACCACCGCAGGGAGAGGGGGAUGAUUACACAUGGUCUAACUACACCCAGAGGCUUGACCCCGCAGACAGGACGAUCUCCACCUAGACCUCCAGCCUGCCGCACUCCUACCUUGUCCAUCUCCCCAUCCCCUUCCUGCUCCUCUUCCCUUCCCCGAUCUGUCUACCAUGAAAUGACAGCCAAUAAUGUCAUCAUCUUGGAGCCCGACUGCUCCAUCUCCGCCUCCAGGAACCGCCUAGUCUCCUCUGCUAUCGGGGGCCUCCCCGAUUGGUCCACAAUCAAGGAUGCGGUGUCUUCCGCCAAUGUCAUCGUCGUGGAAACCUCCAAUCUCAUCAUUCGCAGCGCUUCUGAAUUCUGCCUAAGCUCCGCCCCCGUGUCCAUGGAAACGCAGGAAAGCACUUUCUCGUCCAAUCCAUUCUUCAAGCUGCGCUCCCUCAGCAGCCAGUCGCUGGUGGAGCAGGAGAUCCGUAUGGUGAGGCAGAGGGAGGAGGAGUGGAGGAGGCAGAGGGAGGAGGAGUGGAGGAGGCAGAGGGAGGAGAUGUGGAGGAGAGGGAGAGAGAGGUACGAUACUGUGCUGGUGUCUCCAGGCCUCAGCGAUAACAUCACUUACAACGUGCCAGAGGUUUCAGACAGAUGUGUCUCCUCCCCUUCGUCCCCCUCCAGGACCCGCAAAAUGGAACGAUCCAGUAUGUCUUGUGACCACAAGUUCCCCUCUUCCCUCUCUUCUGUGCCAAGACGACAGAACGCCAUGGCGCAGCGAUGGGAGGCCUCCCUCUUAGCCAAUCAGAAGAAGGAGUAAGCAACGACCACGCUCAACUGACAGCCAUUUCAAAGACGCACUGCAGUGUCUAUAGAAUGCCUCAUGAGAAGAGGACUAUUUCUUCAUUUAUCUAGUUUGGGUUUCCAUUAUUCUUUAAUGUCUGGAAAAGUCCGUUGCAUGAUGUCGGAAACAGUAUGUCACAGUUUCUUAUAUAUGAUACCUCUGUAUUCCCAGGAUGCCUGUCCCAAUAAUAACUGAGUAUAAAAUUGCAAUCAUAAUAUUACUACUCUUUUUGACGUGUGACCCAGAUUUUAUGUAAACUUAGCAGUAUUAUUAUUCAGCACUUUGAUCUGUGGGUGUUUAUGAAUUAUGGGACUAGUUCAACUGUUGUUUGUGGAUUUUUAUGACUGACUGAAUAUGAUGCAGUGACUUUCAAACUUUUUUUCUGGGCAGUCAUUUUUAUUUCAAAUAUUAAUUUAGUCUGUAUUUUAAAGUAGAUUAAUAGCGUACAGCGUUUAUUCAGAAAUGUUCUAGCUAUGCAGAGAUUCGAGAAGGUACAUGCAAAAAUGGUUCAGCAUGUUGUGUUCUUUCCAAUUUGUAUUUUAUUUUUUAAAGGUGCCAACCCAGACUUUGAAAAUCACUGCCUCAGUGAAACGUUUUAAUGAGCCAUUGAUCAAAAGAGUUUGGAUGUUCCAGGUUUCAAUGUCAGCCAUGUUGGCUAAACAGUGCUAGCUGCUAACUGAAUACCAUUUGGGUCACAGUCGCACAGACCAGAUGGUUUGCCUUUUCUUUGGAAGAGAUUGGUUGUGACCCAGAUAAAUCCAGAACAGGCGACAGUUUUGUGGGGUCAUGAAAAACCUUUUUGAGGAUAUUGUAGUCUCAAAAUUGCAAGUCAUGCUAGUUUUAUUUACCAUUUUAUUAGCAUGGAAUGUAUGGCGUACGCACCAGGGCAUGGACAUUUUUGAUGAAAGCUGUUGAUGUUCUACACCAAACCACGACGGUACAAGUUGAACCUGAAUAAAACUGCUAAAACAGUGAAACCUUUAUCAGCUAGUUGCCUAAUGGUACAUUAGUUUGGUGAAGCUCUGUUUGCCCAUUGGCUUCUGAAGAAAGGUGAAUGCAGGUUCUGACUUUGCAUCAAAAAUAUGUAUGUAUGUAGGGGAAUAUUCCCAUUCAGUCUGAACACCUUUGAAGUGUGGACAUUUUAUAAAUGAAUGUUGAAUUCAAGCCAUUGCUAAACAAGUUGACACGACGCUGAUUAAGCCUCCCCGCCAGGGAAAGCUCUCUGCACGUCUCAGUAUCACGUUGUGGUGUCCGCUGUCUGUGGAGAUAUCCCCGCACUGGAUCAAUGUACUUGGAACGAGUAGUUAACUCCACAACAACGUCGUUACAUGGGCAGUACACAAAGUGCUGUGAACUAAAAGACAUUUAAACGUUUUUAAUCGGAGCUUUCCGUUUCAAUAACCUGCUCACAUUUCUGCUCGAUUUGUAACGUUAGCUAGGGAUUGUUGUUGACAACAUCAACCUAGCUAAUUUCAGCUAAUUGACCGAGUUGACGAGCACUGACAUCGGCGGACGUUCCAUUUGUCACUUCCGGUCUCAGAACUGGGAAAAUACCAAGGAAAGCGAGUUCCGAGUACAAAGAAACGCACUAUAAAUUUGCUUCCUCACUUAUACCCCUUUCACACCGAGGGCUCAACCAGGAUUGAACUAGGGUUGGCUGUGUGCUUAAAAGGGUUAACCGUCAUCGAUUGACUUGGCUUCACGACCCAGGUCGAGAGGUUGCUUGGACCAAGGUUGGACAAGGGUUGAUUUCAAUGUGAAUUGCACACGACCAGGGUAGCUAACACCCGGACCGGACAAAUUAUGUGAUUGGUUGGAAAUAGAAGGGGGGCAGUUGUCACCGGUCACCGACAGUUAUUCUGGCUCUCUGAUUGGUUACACAUUAUCUCACUUACCUGUAUUACCCAAUAGCUUGAAAUGAAGGAGGGGGGAAUCCCACAGCUUUUCAUAAUCAUGUUAGCCUCACAUUGUGCUGUGUCGGCGCUGACUAUUUCUUUGGCUACACCGCUUAUUUAUUCUGGAAUUGAGGAAAACACUUUGGCGUUGUAUUUCUUUAAACCAAUCACAACCAGCCUGGGCGGCGCAAAGCCUCGAUAGCAGAGAUAGUGAGAGGGGAGGAACGAUGUGACACGUUAAGCCAGCCUUGGUCUAUAUCCACGACGUUCAACUUCCGGGAUUGCUCUGUUGCUGUCGGAUUUCACUCGAUGUCCGCUCCUUCCGUUUUGUUUGUGUUGGCAUUUUUAACUCUGGUGGAUUUAUGAAGACUAUGGUUAACUGCUCCUUAGACAU